AUGCCAGGAGACGAAGCAGCUGACACCAUCAAAAAAGUGAUUGGUUAUGUGGACCAAUGUGUCGAAGCCGGGCAAUUUUUGUUUCCCGAAAUGAAAGAAUCGUUUGAAAUAAUUUCGAAAUUGGGAAAAGCGAUAAGCGCUCUGACUGAAUUGGCUCCACCAGAUGAGGAUCCGGUUAUGAAGAAGUUGGGAGAGCUGGAAGGCAAAAUCGACACUCUAGCUGACAAAAUGAACGCCAAGUUCUCGGAUUUGAAGGCUUUUAUGACUGAAACAAAGUUCAAUGAGGAUGUGAUCCAACCGGCCACUAAACUGAUGCAGUAUAUUAUGGACACAUUCAAACAUCCAUCCAAGAAAGCGACGGAGAACUUUUUGGAGUCUUAUAAGAAGAAUAAACCCUUGGAUUUGGCUUAUAGUGUAAUGAGCAAAAUGCAGCAAGACACCACGAACCCAUUAUACAUGUCUAUGGAAGCUGACUUGAUUAAAACUGAGACCACUUUCAAUAAGUGGAAGAAUAUUAUCACUGGAGCACUGGGACAAUUUCUAUUCGUGGAAGCAUUUGCCUCUGGUCUACAGGAUUCUAAAGACACUAAUGAUAGGGACAGAAUGAAUGAGUGCUCGGCCAACCUUAACACUGAUAUGGACGCCUUGAGAGAUAAGUAUAAGGCCGGAGACGCUUACUGGAAAGGGAUGAAGACCUAUAUUCAGCAAUUCCAAGAGGAUACCUCGAAAUUGACUCAUAAGGAUCGAGCUGAUAAGCUUAUUAGCAUUUUGAACACAAUUUUGACCAACGAAUCGUUGUACCUGGUGAUUUCCGACUCUUCCCCCAAUAUCAACGACUUCUCCAUGUGGAAAGGAGUGGAUGACCAGACUGUGGAGUCUUAUGAGAAAGGAGGAUGUAAUAUAAUAGUGUACAGAAGCAAAAAAGCCAAUACGUUGAGUGUCGGUGAAUUUUGGGACAUGCAGCACGCUUGUGAAGCUUGUGAGACUGGAAAAAUCAAGGCAAAAGGCUCGUGCAGUGGUCACGCUGACACUCUUCAUGACAACAUCCCCAUGGCAAAGUUCAUUGUGUUGAUUUGGGACGCACGUCAUCCAGAAGUACGGUCCUGUUUGACUCCUGGACACGAAUGGGGUCCAGGGUACACGAUGACAGUGGAGGCUGGUGAGACACCAUGGGCCAUGAAGAUGAAAUUAGCUAUGGUUGCUGGAUUUCCAUGA